GAUUUUUGUGGCAAACCUAUCUAACUUUUUUAAUCCUUUUCUUUCUUUUUUCUACAGCAUUGUCCAAGAUAUAACAGUUGGUACAAAGCGGGCAGCUGAGGAGCUUUUCUCUCCUUGUGUUACUACUAACGGACCCUUUAUCAUGAGCAGCAACUCUCCUUCUGCAGCUAAUGGAAACGACAGCAAAAAGUUCAAAGGUGAUAACAGAAGUGCCGGCAUCCCAUCCCGAGUAAUCCACGUCCGCAAGCUCCCCAGUGACGUCACGGAGGCAGAGGUCAUUUCUUUGGGCUUACCCUUUGGCAAGGUCACCAAUCUUCUGAUGUUGAAAGGAAAAAACCAGGCUUUCAUAGAGAUGAACACAGAGGAGACAGCCAACACCAUGGUGAACUACUACACCACAGUCACUCCGGUGCUCCGGAGCCAGCCCAUCUACAUCCAGUUCUCCAACCACAAGGAGCUGAAGACAGACAGCUCUCCAAACCAAGCACGUGCCCAAGCAGCUCUGCAAGCCGUGACCCAGGUGCAGGCCGGGGCUGUGGCGCUGGCCGCCACGGCUGCGGCCGUCGAUGCGGGGAUGGCGAUGGCUGGCCAGAGCCCUGUCCUGAGGAUCAUUGUGGAGAAUCUCUUCUACCCUGUCACUCUAGAUGUUCUGCACCAGAUCUUUUCCAAAUUUGGUGCAGUCUUGAAAAUCAUCACAUUCACAAAGAACCACCAGUUUCAGGCCCUGUUGCAAUAUGGUGACCCCAUGAGUGCUCAGCAUGCCAAACUGUCUCUGGAUGGACAGAACAUCUACAACGCCUGCUGCACGCUGCGCAUCGACUUCUCCAAGCUCACCAGCCUCAAUGUAAAGUACAAUAACGACAAGAGCAGAGACUACACCCGCCCAGACCUGCCCUCUGGGGACAGCCAGCCCACCCUGGACCAGACCAUGGCAGCUGCUUUUGGUGCCCCAGGAAUAAUCUCUCCUCCAUAUGCUGGAGCUGGCUUUCCUCCUACUUUUGCCAUUCCUCAGGCUACAGGCCUGACAGUUCCAAGUGUUCCUGGAGCACUAGCUCCUCUGGCUAUUCCAGCAGCAGCUGCGGCGGCUGCAGCAGGACGGAUUGCCAUUCCCGGCCUGUCUGGGACAGGGCACUCCGUGCUGCUGGUUAGCAAUCUGAUCCCAGAGAGAGUUACACCCCAAUGCCUCUUUAUUCUUUUCGGAGUCUAUGGUGAUGUGCAGAGGGUGAAGAUUUUAUUUAAAAAGAAAGAUAAUGCCCUGGUCCAGAUGGCUGAUGGGAAUCAGGCCCAGCUUGCCAUGAGCCACUUGAAUGGGCAGAAGCUCCAUGGGAAGCCGAUCCGUAUCACGCUGUCCAAGCACCAGACAGUGCAGCUGCCCCGGGAGAACCAGGAGGACCAUGGCCUGACCAAGGACUAUGGCACUUCUCCUCUACAUCGUUUCAAGAAACCAGGCUCCAAAAAUUUCCAAAACAUCUUUCCCCCUUCUGCCACUCUUCAUCUGUCCAAUAUUCCACCUUCAGUAACUGAAGAAGACCUUAAGUUGUUAUUUUCAAGCAAUGGUGGGAUAGUCAAAGGAUUCAAAUUCUUCCAGAAGGACCGUAAAAUGGCUCUGAUCCAGAUGAGCUCUGUGGAAGAAGCCAUUCAGUCCCUCAUUGACCUCCACAAUCAUGACCUGGGGGAGAACCAUCACCUGCGUGUUUCCUUUUCCAAGUCCACCAUUUAGAGCUUGGGAAGGCCUGACUUAAAAUGGACUUGACUUAAAACCUCUGGGGUUCAGCCUUGACCUUAUAAGGCUGGACACCAGGGUUUCAACUUCCAUCAUUCCAGAAAAAAAAAAAAAAGCCACUUUAAAAAUGCAGCUGAAGUGACCUUAAAAGAC